AUGACAAUUGUUCACAUGGUAUUCUUCCGCUUCAGGGCCGACGUUACCCAGGCCCAUAAAGAUACCUUCGUGCGCGAGUUAAAGAAGCUGAAGGACCUGCCCUGCGUGAAAGACAACCGGCUUAUUGUGGGAGGCCCGUCCAUAACCGACCCGAUAGAAAGGAGUAAGGGGUUCGAGUAUGCGUUGUUAAGCUUUCACGAGAACCGUGCCGCCCUAGACGAGUACCAGGCGAGUAAAGAACAUCACUGGGUGACUUCGACAUACAUGUUCCCCUUCAAAGAGGACCUCUGCCGUUUCGACUUCGAGGUAGACAGUGAUGAUGAGUACAUGUGUUAUUUUGGUUCCUUUGCCAAGGCAAACGGCGUCUCUUUGAAUAAUGGGGCCAACUCAUCUGGCGAAUGA